UAUUUGUACAUUUACCUGUUUUCCACUAAUAAUGCUGUUAAUAAAUAACUAGUAAAAAUCCUAGAAAUGCUUUUUAGAUUUCCUGUGUGUGGGAUCAUUGUUCUGUUGAUUGCUUGGUCCCAGUCUGGUCCCAGUGUGGUCCCAGUUGUAGCUGUGGAACAGACGACCUCACAGAUGAGUAAAGAAUACUUUGAUGUAAACAGCAUUUAUGACUCACUCAGCGACUGCAAGGGGCCCAAAUCACCAGGCCUGGUGCUGCAAACAUCUCCACGCUGAAUUUCGUUCUUGCUGUGUUUGAUAAAGGAUUCAUUUCAUGAUUCCCUGAUAUGUAAAAACCUCAGAAUAGAGGAAAGGUGUACUUUAUUCUUACUAUUACUGUAACAAACCACUGUCACUGGUGUUACUGUAACAGUGCGGUGUAUGGGGCACACAGAUGUGAGAGUGACACUAAAUGCGAAUAUUGUGGGUUCUCCUUCCAAAUCACAUCUAGGUCGCGUUUAUUUAGCUAAUGUAUCUCAUAACUCUAAAGUUGUUGUUUGUUUGUUUUAAGGCAACAAAUUAUCAUUUUUAAAUACAGCCAGCUAAUCAAAUGUUAGUUUCCCACAAAAAAGAGAAAUUCUUUGUGUCAGACGUGACCUUUGCGGGGGCAGGUAAAGAAAGGACGUCCCCACGCGGCUGGUGACGGCUUUGCUGAUCAAACCAUCAGAUAAGGAAGCUCCGUGUGAGCGUGAAGAUCAGAGCAGCUUUUUACAGUCAGCGAGCCUGAGAGAACGUGGCUUCGACUGCGCCUGCUUUGAGGUUUUGUUCUUUGUGGUGCCAUCACCCUCUGUGUACCCACACAGAGCGAGGAGCUGCUAAAGAGCUGCCGCUCUGUCAGGAGUCAGAAAAACAUCGGCUCAGGGAGAACGCUCUGCAAGGUCCCAAACAUGACGGAGAGUCCUGCAAACGCGACAUUCGGUGACUAUGACAACGGUACUGAGACAUAUAUCGAUGACGACGGCUUCUGCAUCAUGGAUCCGGACCCCAGUGAGGUCAUCGCCCAGACUUUGAUCCACUCCAUCAUCUGUGGAUUCGGCCUGAUUGGCAACGUCCUGGUGAUGGUGACUUACAUCUUCUACAAGAGAACCAAGACCAUGACGGACGUCUACCUCUUCAACGUGGCCGUGGCCGACCUGAUCUUCGUGGCUACGCUUCCGUUCGUCAUAUACAACGAGCAGCACGAUUGGUCGAUGGGCAGGGCGGCCUGUAAGGUGCUCCGGUCGUCCUACAGCAUUAACCUCUACAGCGGCAUGCUGCUGCUCGCCUGCAUCAGCUGCGAUCGGUACAUCGCGAUUGUUCGGGCGACGCGCUCCUUUGGGGCGCGCUCCCGCGCCCUCGUCUACAGCCGCCUGAUCUGCUCGGCUGUUUGGGUGUUUGCGGUGGCGUUAACUCUGCCCACGCUCAUCUACACCGAACGCUCUAAAGAGAACUUCCUGGGGUCUGACCGCGUCACCGUGAUGUGUCAGAUGUCUUUCAACCAGACUGAAACUGCGGCGCUCGUGAAGCUGCUGGUACCCAGCCUCCAGAUGGCCGUUGGCUUCCUGCUGCCACUGUGCGUGAUGGCGUUCUGCUACUCCUGCAUCAUCUACACGCUGCUGAGGGCGCAGAGCAACCAGCGGCACAAGGCCAUCCGGGUGGUGUUGGCGGUCGUUGUGGUCUUCAUUGUCUGCCAUCUUCCGUACAACGUGACCCUGCUGAUCCACACGCUGUCUCUGUUCAAGCAGAGGAGCUGCGACGCAGAGAAGCUCAAACUCAAAUUUCUCAACAUCUGCAGGACCGUCGCAUACCUGCACUGCUGUCUCAAUCCCUUCCUCUACGCCUUCGUCGGGGUCAAGUUCAGGAACCACUUCCGCCAGAUCAUGCUGGACCUCUGGUGCUUCAGCAAAAGGUACAUCUACACCGCUCGCUUGUCACGUGGCACGUCCGAGAUCUGCAUGUCAGGGCUGAAGUCGUCGGAAGGCUCCAACAACAUGUCGUCAUUCAGCGCGUAACACUUGAGCUAUGAAGGGAAAUCAGUCCGGCGCUCAUCUCAAGCUUUGCUGUGAAACUGUGCUUUAAUAAUAGAGACUGUGAGAUGUUCUCAUCUAACUGCAUCCAGUUUAUAUGACACAAAACUGGACAUUUUUCAUUCACAGGUGUAUAAAGUCCAACACUUGUCCACAGAAACACAGGUGACCACAGCAGCUUAUUAAAACUAUAAGCACAGCAGCAGAAUCUCACACUUUGACUUCACGUAUUGUUCUUGUGAUUUAGAAGUAACUGUGUCAUGCAGGUUGCUAACUGUACUCUUUGCUAAUGAAGUUUGAUGCUAUAGAUUGCAUCUC